AUGAGGGGAAGAGCAACAUUAAAGGUUGUUCUGGAUAUAGCCAGCUGCCUGUUUGAAGAUGACCUUUGCAAAUCUUUUGAAAUCUGUGUAAAUGAUGGAAUAUUUGGGAGAUGUCAGCGAGUGCCAGCAAUAGACAUCUAUAAAUAUGACAUUUCACCCCCUGUUCUGCAGCAUCUGAAGAUCAUCCUGGAGAAGCUCUCACACAGAGGUUUUACCUGGCGAGAUGAUUAUACUCAGCAUGUUAUUGGUCAGGAACUCUCAACCAUUCACAAAAUCCACAGCAGACGCCCCGAUGUAUUUGCAUCUGAAGGAUCUGAUUCAGGAAGGACUUUUGGACAUAACGCAGAUAAUGAAAGAAAUUAUGAUGGGGAAAAUGAUGUGAACUUGGCCAAGUCUCUUCAGCAAUACCUUAAAUAUCUUGGUAUUCUUUCCCAGUCUGCAUCUACAAAUCUGUAUCCAAGGAAGACAAGUGACAAAGCUUCUGUCAAGAGCUACAUCUACAAUGAUCCUAUCAGGUACUACGCGAGGCGGAACCCCAAAGAACGAGCUCCUCCUUUGGCCCGUCCAUCAAAAUCCCAACAACAGCUCGCUGAGAACCUCCGUGGGAGGACCUUCAGCCAGAGCCAGAUGGAGAAGUUCUCACCAGAGUCAGAAAUGGGGCUCGACCAAAAAACCCUGAUGGCUGCGCUGCACACCUACAUCACCCAGAACUUGUCAGCACAAAGCAGUGACAAAAGCCCUCACAGCAGGACUAAAGGGUCUCAGGUUUAUGCUGAUAGAUUCUACUCCACACAAGGCAGUCCUUUUGAUGGAAGUUUUGCCAAAGGAAAAGGAGAAGAUUUUAAAAUGAAGAAGCUGUUCCAGCCAAGGCCUGCUUCUGGAGUGCUGAGGCCAACCCCUGAGGUGCUGAGUCAUAAAUCUGCUUCCCAGGAUGAUCCCAAGGACCCUCUGACUGUAGUGGAUGAGACACUUAUUAAAGAUGUAUUGAAGGACCUAGAGAAACAUCAAGUGAAUGUGGAGAAUCUCAGCUCAACAGAACUGGAUGAGAUCGCUGAUACUAUCGCCACUGCAAUUCAGAGUGUUGACAUUCAGCAAGAAACACAAAAUGGUGCUGGAAAAACCAGAGAAGACAAAACAGAAGCACAAACAAAGAAAGGAGAUUCUCAAGGAAAGGCAGAGUUUCAGAUGGGAUUAAUGGAAAACAGCAUUAAUAUACCAGACAAUGGAGUGCAUGAAGCCAGUGCAAGAACUGAUAAAGAGGAGAACACUGCAAAACUAAUUAAAUUCUUGAAUGAGAAUGCACUGUCUGAAAAUGUGCCCAAAGACCUUGGCCCUGAAGAAUCUACUAAGAUAGAAACCAAGAAAUCUGAAGAAACUGACUCUUCAGAAGAAAUAAAUGCUGGUGUGGAAAAUGUAAAAAGUGAGACUUUCUCAAGGGAGCUGACAACUGCAGAGAACAGUGAAUCUGACUCCAAAGACCCGAGCUACUGGAUUAAGAAUGCUUUAAUGCAGGAUGGAAACUCCUAUGAAAAGCCUCAGAAAAAUAUGGGACAAGGCUUACAACUUGAAGUGAAGUCUUCUGAGGAGAAAGAGUACGGCUACAUUGUGACAGUGAAGGACCCCCUGAGUGUGGAAAAGGGCUUGGAGUUAAUAAAGGAAGUGGCAGAUCUCCUGAAGCUGCAGAUGAGUGUCUUCGAUGAUGUCAAUGUGCUGGGACCAGCUGUGACCUUCAGAGUGCACUCAAACCUCCAAAACAUUUCAACUGCAGAUGUUGCCAAAGAAGCAGCCAUAAACAAAGAGAAACUUGAGAAAACAACUGGACUGAAAAUUCUGCAGACUGGUGUGGGGGAGGUAAGUGGCUUCCAGGCAUUUUACAUUCUCAAAAACGUUUUAAUUCUUGGGUUUUUUUAAGAAAUCCUGGAGCUC